AUGGACACAAGGACAGGAGAAGCGCUCAGGAACUGGCAGCGGGCCCAUGGAAGAGAUCUGAUGGCGUCUUUAUCUGAGCCGCAUCCUUCCCAGGAUUCAUCUCAGCCCAGCCCAGAUGAGCAGAAGUUACUGGCCAUGCUGGAGGAGCAAAACAGGUUACUUGAAACUGACAGCAAAUCUUUGUACCCUGUACACGAUGCCCUGCAAAGUCCAAGUUCCUCAAAAGUGUUCGUCUUUGAGGACGAAUCCACCAGAACCUGGAGCUGCAUCGUGAAGAACUGGGAUGAGUGGAGCAAGAGGAAAGUAAAACGACUGAAGGAGAUGAUCAGGAAGGGGAUCCCUCAUCAUUACCAGGCUGUCAUGUGGGAGAUGCUUUGUGAUGCCCAGAAUUUGCCCGUAGGAGAGCAAUACUCCAAACUGCUCAUGAAGCCAAGUCCCUGUGAGAAAGUGAUCCGAGGGGACCUGAGUCGAAUUCUUCCCCUCCAUCGUCUCUUUCAGGAGCUAAACAGUGACAUGCAGGAGCGUCUCUUCAACGUCCUAAAGGCAUAUUCAGUUCUGGAUCCAGAAUUUGGUUAUAAUCAGGGAGGUGCAUUUAUAGCUGCACGGUUACUCAUGCAGACGGAGGAGGAAAAAGCGUUCUGUGUCUUUGUGAGGUUGAUGCAGGACUUCAGGAUGAGAGAGCUCUACAGGUCAUGUCGAUUUGAACUGGAACGCUGUCUGUACCAGUUUGAAGGUCUGAUCCAGGAGCAGCUUCCGGUUCUUCAUUCUCACUUCCAGACUCAGGCUUUUCACGCCUCCAUGUUCUCCUCAUCCUGGUUCCUCACCGUCUUCCUCUCGUUCCUGCCUUCAGCCGCAGCCUGCAGGGUGUUCGACAUCUUCAUGUGUGAGGGUCUGGAGAUCGUCUUCCGUGUAGGAAUAGCCAUUCUCCAGUUGGCCGAGACUGAACUUCUGAAGUGUGAUGCUGAGGGGAUGGUGCAGUUCCUGGAGAACGUUGCUCCACAGCAGAUGGAAAGUGACCCUGACCAGAUGAUCACCACUGCAUAUCAGAUAAAGUUUGACUCCAAGAGAAUGAAGAAGCUUGAAACCGAGUACAUGUCAGUAAAACUACAGAAGAUGGAAGAGCAGGAGGAAAUCAAAAAGUUAAACUCAAAGAACAAGCUUCUGCGACGCAGGAUUGAGACCCUGGAGAAAUGCUUCUCUGAGGAUCUGGUGUUACGGCUCGGUCAGGAGCUCACACAGAUGAGACUGAGCGAGGUGAAACAGCGUCACGUUCUGCAGCAGAUGCAGAUCCAGGUCCUGCUCAUGGAGAAAAGCAUCAUGGUUCCUGGUGAGAACAGUGUCAUGGAUUUACAGGAGCAGCUGCUCAGUACCAGACUGAUGGAAGCCGAAGCUCUGACGGGAAUCGGAGAUCUGAGACGUCACGUCGAGGAACUCGAAAGGAAAUGGAAGGUUAGUGAGCAGAAGAACGGCGGCGCUGAACUGGAUGGACGUGAGGAGCUGAUGGCUGAAAAGCUGAGAGAGACGAACACCCACGCUGUACUGGUACAGAACCGUCACAGACUGCUCCAGCUACAGACGCAGGACGUAAUCUGCAGGAACCAGCUGAAGCGCCUCAGCGAUCGAACACGCCUACAGAGGGAGCGUCUGCAGGAACUGAGCGCGCAAAACCAGCGCCUGAGCGCUUUACUGCCCCCCCGGACAGAGGAAGAGCGGCAGAUGUGGAGCUUUUCUGAGCAGAAGGAAAAGACGAGCUCAUCAUCUCCACCGCGCCCCUCCACAUCUCCACGUGAUGACCGAGUGGGCAGGUAGUCCUUCUGUCUCCGUGAGCGUCCCACAGUGGACCAACUAACCGGUCCACGUCUGUCCUGUAUCAGAGACCCUGUGUAGAUCCAUCGACCUGUAACCUUUAAGCAAUGUUCCAGAUGUUCCAGUGGUGUUCACUGCUUAUGGGAUUUACACCUCAUUAAAUCUUCUCAUCACUUUGCACUCA